CUACACCAACUCCACUUCGUCUCCCAGGCCAUGUCGAGAUUUCUGUCAACACUCUGCCGCCCACUGGGCCAACUGAGGGCGGGGUCCGUGGGCGUGCACAGAGGCCUCCACACUUCCCAGGCGCGGGCGGAGGAGCGGAAGUUGAACCAGCCGCUGAUCGCCACCAAGAUGCCUCGUCCGGGCGGCAUCUCCUCCUUCAUGCGGCUCCCCAUUCAGAGCGGGACGCAGGGCCUCGACGCGUGCUUCGUGGGCGUCCCCAUGGACACGGGCACCUCCAACCGCAGCGGCGCGCGAUACGGCCCUCGGCAGAUGCGCGCAGAGAGCCCCAUGCGCCCCUUCAACCAGGGCACAGGAGCCAAUCCCUUCCAGUACCUCAACGUCGCCGAUAUUGGGGACGUCUGGCUCAACCUUUACAACCUUCCAGAGGCCUGCAACAACAUCCGCGACCAGUACAAGGAGAUCAUAAAGGACGGCUGCGUCCCCCUCUCGAUGGGGGGAGACCACACUAUUUCGUAUCCCAUUCUCCAGGCCAUCAGCGACAAAUAUGGCCCGGUUGGUCUGAUCCACAUCGACGCCCAUCCGGACCUUCAGGAGGAGGUCCUCGGCUCGCGCAUCGCCCACGGGACGCCCUUCAGGAGAGCCUAUGAAGAGGACCUCCUCGACUGCUCCAGGGUCAUCCAGAUCGGCCUCAGGGGCACGGCGCUCACGGAGGAUGACUGCAACAUCGGCCGCAACAUGGGCUUCCGCGUUGUAGGAGCCGAGGAAUGCUGGCACAAGUCCCUCACGCCCCUCAUGAAGGAAGUGAGAGAGCAGAUGGGCGACGGUCCUGUCUAUAUAUCCUUCGAUAUCGACGCUAUAGACCCCGGAUUCUGUCCCGGAACAGGCACGCCAGAGAUGGGAGGUCUCACGCCCAUCCAAGCGCUGGAGAUCAUACGUGGAUGCCGAGGUCUUAAUAUCGUGGGCUGCGAUGUCGUAGAGGUCUCUCCCCCGUAUGACUUCGAGGGAACGACCGCUCUGCAGGGCGCGCAUCUGCUGUUCGAGAUGUUGUGUGUUCUCCCGGGUGUCAAGUACAGCAGGUGAAUGGCCAGAACGAUGCUGGGCGACCAAAUGCUAAAUGAACACCGCAGGCAUUUUGAUGUGUUUGAUUUCGAUUUUGUAUAAUUACAUUCUGUUGAUUACUGUUUGCAUUUCGACGUGUAAUUUACAUGAAUUCGAACCAAAAUAAACACCCACGAAUA